GGAAGCGUGUGCGCCUUUUGCAAUGAUGGAAAGCGCUGGUCCGGCCGAGACGUUUCGGGAGCGUUUGCUGGAAGACGCGUCAAGCGCCGCCGCGAGCGGCAACGCUUCAGCGUGGAGUCGGAAUGGCAGCGUGGGUGACCAGGACUGGGAGCAGGACCAAGACGCCUUGUCGCCCGUCAUACCCAUCAUCACCGCCGUCUACUCGCUCGUCUUCGUGGUGGGAUUGCUGGGCAACUGCCUGGUCAUGUAUGUCAUCGUCCGGUACACCAAGAUGAAAACGGCCACCAACAUCUACAUCUUCAACCUGGCCCUGGCCGACGCUCUGGUCACCACCACCAUGCCCUUCCAGAGCACCGACUACCUGCUCAACACGUGGCCCUUCGGCCAGGUGCUGUGCAAGGUCUUCAUCGCCAUCGACUACUAUAACAUGUUCACCAGCAUCUUCACGCUCACCAUGAUGAGCGUGGAUCGCUACGUGGCCGUGUGCCACCCGGUCAAGGCGCUGGACUUCCGGACCCCAGUUAAGGCCAAGGUCAUCAACGUGUGCAUCUGGAUCCUGUCCUCGGCCGCCGGCAUUCCCGCUUUUAUCCUGGGCGGUACGCAGACAAACCUCGGCAUCACCGAGUGCACCUUACAGUUCCCCGAGCCGUACGUGUACUGGGACACGCUCAUGAAAAUGUGCGUGUUUCUCUUCGCCUUCGUGGUGCCGGUUCUGAUCAUCACCGUGUGCUACUCCCUGAUGCUCCUCCGCCUCAAGAGCGUGCGCAUGCUGUCCGGCUCACGGGUGAAGGACCGCAACCUGCGGCGCAUCACCCGGCUGGUGGUGGUGGUGGUGGCCGUCUUCGUGGUGUGCUGGACCCCCAUCCACAUCUUUAUUCUGGUUAAGGCGCUGGCCAGCGUGCCCGAGACCACCGCCAUCAUGGCCGCCUACUUCUUUUGUGUGGCGCUGGGCUACACCAACAGUAGCCUCAAUCCCAUCCUCUACGCCUUCCUGGAUGAAAACUUUAAGCGAUGCUUCAAGGACUUCUGCGUCUCAGCUAGGCUAAGGCAGCAGAAGGCGUCCAGGAGCAGGAAGGCGGCAGCGGCACCGGAGGCCGUGGGCGAGGCCGCCGUGCCCCUCCGCAACCCGGAUGAGAACAGUAAGGCCACAUGACUAGCGCUGGAACUGUCUUCGUUUUCCCACAUGGGAAAAGAGGACUCCCGGGACUUGGGUCUCACUCACGUCACCACAACCAUGUAGACACUGUCAUGGUGGCCCGACGGACAUCGUUUGGAGAAGUGGCAAAAGAGGAUUUGAGUUGUUGGACUCACUUUCAAGUCAGCAGAUUGAGACAGACAGGAAUAUUUUGGGGACGAGACAAAUGGUGACCUUUAAGAACAGGAACCCGGAGAGCAUGUUGGAAUAGAAAUUUGACAGAAGGCUUUUUGUCAUCCACUAGGAGGAUUUGACAGAGAAUAAUCCCGCCACGUGCGAUUUAAUAAUCCCAUUGAAAUGUUCAAAUAUGACAAAGCCUGCAUAUUAUCAAUCCGUAUGUAACGGUAACGUGAUUGUGAUUUGUUUGAGAUAGAAUAGAAUAUACAGUUCUUGUAGCAUGUCACGCUUAUUCCAUCGGCGGCCUAAAUGCAUGAUCGGCACUUUUGUUAUGAAUGAGUGCGAAUGAAGAGCAUUACAUGUUUCACCGCUAUUUUUAAGCUUUCUGACAACAAAAAUAACUUCAGAGACUUCUUCCCAAGAAAUUUAGGUUAUUUUGGGCUAUGUCUGUCAUUUUACCAUCAUCCUACUUAUGUUUGUUCACCCGUAGCUGUACAUUGGCUUUGUUUGUAUAACGCAUUAAAUAAAGUUUAAAGAAGAC